AUGGAGGCAAAAGUGUCAAUUUUAACUCCUGUUCUUUCCUUAUUCUGCCUUGGCUCCCAGGACAGGAGAUUCCCAGCACAAUUCAAAAAUCUGUCCAGGACAUUCUGGAUCAUCUUGUCCAUUGCCUUGUUUUUUGCAGUUGUUGGCAUCAGCAUUGUGGGGAUUCUCAGCUUCUCCCAGAGCUCUGCCCAGCCUCUCUCGCAGGUCGUCCGGCUGACGCUGCAGGGUCAGCAAGACUCCCUGAGGAACCAGUCAGCCGUGGUGGACAAGUACAGGAGCACAGUGACUUACUACGUAACCUCGCAGAGCAACCGCACCACCAUCGUGCUGUAUGACAGCAAGAACGGCUACGUGUGCUACAGACCCGCAGAGCAGCACGUGUGCUACCUGAGGAGGAUGGACAACCGGGACCUCCAGAACGUGCAGCCCUCUCUCAACGCCUCCGAGCACGCAGCUGAUCAGCCGCUGCUGCCGACUAACCGAACCAAGUACUGCAGAGAGUUCCUGGGCAUUUUGGCAGGGAAACAGGUGGAUCCUAAAGGCUUGGGGGAGGCUGUCCAAACCCUGUGUGAACGGACACCCAUCUUCUGGGUCAGGCAAGGGGAGGGUCCGGGGAGACAGCGACUGAUCUACCUUUGCAUUGACAUAUGUUUUCCAAGCAACAUUUGUGUCUCUAUCUGCUUCUAUUACCUCCCAGAGUAAGUCCUGCAGCCACAGAUUGCCUCCUCAUUGCUCUGCAUACUUGAACUGGACUGCUGCAAAGCCUCUGAUUU